AUGGUAGAAUUUUAUACUUUGAACCAUUCUUCAUUUUACUCUGUUUAUUCCAUUUUGUAUAAUCUUAAAAAGGGUUGGCGUUGGGCCAUGCCGGAAAAUAUGAGCAUAUAUGUUAAUGGAGAAUCUCAAGUCCCACCCGAUUUCCGAUUUCACCCCACUGAAGAGGAGCUCUUGCAAUACUACCUUAGGAAGAAAGUCUCCUACGAGAAGAUCGAUUUAGGUGUCAUUCGUGAUGUUGAUCUUAACAAGCUUGAGCCCUGGGAUAUUCAAGAGUGGUGCAAGAUUGGAACCACGCCUCAAAAUGAUUGGUACUUUUUCAGCCACAAAGACAAGAAGUACCCUACCGGGACUCGCACCAACCGUGCCACAGCUGCCGGUUUUUGGAAAGCGGCAACCUACAUCAACACCACCAGCAUUGCUGAUCAUCAAGAUCUCCAAUUACCAACCGUUCGAUCACUACCACCACCAUCAUCAAUAUCCACCAACAUGCCUUACCAUGGAACUCAAGAUCAUUACAACAGCGAAAUAGACAUAUGGAGUUUCACCAGAGCAUCGUCCUCAUCUUUGUCAUCGACCCACCCACUGUGUUGCCACAUGGUGAAUGUUAGUGUAUAA